GAGCCCAAUGUUUGUUUGGGCUAAGAUUGAGACAAAAUAUUAUAUCUCGUGGGCUAUGAAGAGUUGGGCCAACGUAGCCCAGGCCUUUGCAGUUGUCACUCAGCGGGGGAUUAGGCGCGUUCUGUGCACUGAUUACCGCGCGGAUAGACAGCACAGCAGCAACCAUGGCGGGUUACUGCUAAACUAUAGACUAGGGCUCCAACUUGUCCGGAGAACAAAUCGAGGGCGGCGGCGGCGGAGCAGGGAAAAGAGCAUGAUUGUUCCGGCGAGAAUCGCCGGCAGGCUUCCCCUUGUCGUCUCUUCUUCCCGCUCUUCAAUUAGAGCUGGGUUACCCAGAAUCGGGAUUUUGAGGAAUCCGAACCAGAGAAGGAGAUUGGUUUCUGGGUCCGCAAAGAUGAUGGCUUUGAGCAGCUUGGAGAGCUGUAAUGCGGAGGUGAUUGAAGUUGAGAACUCGCUCGGCGCCGUCCGGCCUGCCGUGGAAGAUUAUGCAGAAGAGGCUGUUCAAGCUCUCAGAGACGGCAAGGUCAUAGCUUUGCCCACUGAUACUCUCUAUGGUUUUGCUUGUGAUGCUUGUUCUUCAGAAGCAGUGAAUAGGAUUUAUGACAUCAAAGGUCGCAAGCACACGAGUCCACUUGCAAUCUGUGUUGGGGAUGUAUCAGACAUAGAGCGGUUUGCAGUCACUGACCACCUGCCUUCUGGCUUACUGGACUCCUUACUUCCUGGGCCUGUCACUGUAAUACUGAGUCGAGGAGCUUUAAGCGUGCUUGAAAAGUCUCUAAACCCGGGACUGGACAGCAUUGGUGUCCGGGUGCCUGACUCUAACUUCAUCAGGGCGAUAUCUCGGGGUUUGGGAAGAGCGAUAGCCCUAACUAGUGCUAACCUCAGUGGCCAGCCAAGUAGUGUUUGCAUCAAUGAUUUUCAGAACUUGUGGCAGGAAUGUGCCUUUGUGUACGAUGGUGGUGUGCUUCCAUCUGGACGUACUGGAUCAACGAUCGUAGACCUCACCCGAGCUGGAAAGUACAGGAUUCUUAGACCUGGAAGCGCAAAGGAAGAGACAGUUGCCAUCAUCGAAAAACAUUCUUUAGUAGAGGAUGAAGCUGUUAGCCAAUGAAGGGAUGGGGGAGUUACACAGAAAUCACAAAUCCGGUUUCAAUGGCUCCUUACGCGUACAGAAUCUUGGUUACGAUUCAAUCAUGUUGUUCUCUUUCGAAUGGUGGCUGAUGGAGGAAGGAAGCAUCUUUGUACAGAGCAACCAACCAUGUGUCAAAGUUCAAGUCGGUGCCGAUCUAUCAUUGAUUUCAUCACGAGUUUAUUCGAUCUUGAACCGUUAAAUCUUCUUAUUGGGUCCCGUUUCGAGGAGAGUUCUACACUAGUUGUUAGACAUGAUAUCAUUAUGAAAAAGUAGCAUGUUGUUGUUGCUGUUGACAAAGAGGGAGGUUGUGGGAUGGUCAUGUUACUGCUGCUGCAAUUGUAUACUGCAUGUGUGAAUUGAGUAGCAUGCCAUGUUAGACUUGUGUUUCUCGUUCUGAGUUUGUAGUAGCAUUAUAAUAACCCACAUGCCGGAUUGGACCCGAAAUCAUCAGGUUGAUUUUGUGUACGGCUGCAACGAACGGGUGAGUUUAGUCAAUCCGUCAGUCAAGAUGCAGCAGCUGGUGGCACAUUUUGGGAAGUUGAAUUUUGAAGCUAGCUUCAUCAAAAUUUGUCUAUAAUGAUGGUUAUGAGUUAUGACAAGAAUAUAUUUCCCUUUAUUACACACUAUAUAAAAACCCAUGAAUGAACCAAAACCAGAUCUUAUUUUGCUUGCUGUAUACAAAUUCAGGAAUGGUCACUGGCGGGAGCAGCCAUAGGAGACCUGGUGGCUUGAAAUUGAAUACAAUAUAACGGGAGAACUUCAAUAGUACAGUAUGUUAACAAAAUAAUAACCUGAUUAAUUUCUAGGGGGAAUGAAAAUAUAAUACUGAAUAAGAAAUGGGGUUAAUCAAAACCAGAUCUUAUAUUACAUUAUAUUAUCUUCUUGACUAUUGUGUGUUGUAAUGAUGAUAAUAAUUGUUUAAUUUAAAUGUAAUAAUUAGAUGAUUUGGUAUGUUAAUUAAAACCAUGCGAGUUUCUAGUCAAACCGAUUGGGAGACGAGGGGUUGGUGAAGGUGGCGGAGUGAGUUUGCCCUUUAGUAUCUCAGAGUGCAACAAUGGGGGAUUACAGUGGAUGGGAUGGGAUCGAAUUUCUCCAAAUCACAAUCCAAUCCAACGAGUAUUUAAGAGUGCAUGAAUAUCCAUGCAUUGACGAAUAUAACCACAAAUACUUU